AUGGCCGAAAACUCGCUCUUGAAGUUUAUCGCUAAGAACAAAGUGGCCAUCCUAGCAACGGUCUCUGCGGGGACUGCUGCUGUGGGUGCUUAUGUCUACUACCAGCAGCUCAAGCAGCAGCAAUCGAAGGGUACAAAAGAUCACCGGCGCCAAGGUGAGGUCUUUACUGGCCAAAAUGAAGACGAGGUGGGCUCGAAGGACGAUGGCAGCGUCUUAAACGGGAGUAAGAAGAAGAAGAAGAAUAAACGGAAAAGAAAAAAUAGGGCAAAAUCGACGAAAGUUUUUGAAUAUCCCUCCUUGCCCAAUGGCGAGCCUGAUAUUGUCCAAUUGGAAGGCCUGGCACCUUCUCAAAGGCGGGCAUAUGCUGUGCAGUUGAAGAACAAAGGUAACCACUUCUUCACUUCUAAAAAUUUCAAUGAGUCCCUUAAGUACUACCAGUAUGCCAUUGAAUUGGACCCGAAUGAUCCAGUGUUCUAUUCCAACAUAUCUGCUUGCUACAUUUCUACGGGCGACUUGGAUAAAGUCAUAGAGUUUACUACAAAGGCACUUGAGAUAAAACCUGAUCAUUCAAAAGCCUUAUUGAGACGCGCAUCUGCUAACGAGUCACUGGGCAACUUCACUGAUGCUAUGUUUGAUCUCUCUGUUUUGUCACUGAACGGUGACUUUGAUGGGGUCUCCAUUGAGCCUAUGCUAGAAAGGAAUUUAAAUAAGCAAGCAAUGAAAGUAUUAAAUGAAAAUCUAUCGAAAAAUGAUGGCAGAGGCUUGCAAGUUUUACCGUCUAAUACGUCUUUGGCCUCAUUUUUUGGGAUUUUUGACCCUGACUUAGAAAUUUCUAGUGUGAACACCACUUCACACUUUGAUACUAAAUAUGAUCUAUUGUCAGAUGCCUUGCAAAGGCUAUACUCUGCCACAGAUGAAGGUUAUGUGGUAGCAGACGAUCUUUUUACAAGGGCCACCGAUGCGUAUCAUUAUCUACUUUCUGCCAAUAAAGCGGACGAUCCUCUAAGAGAGAAUGCUGCAUUGGCAUUCUGCUACACAGGUAUUUUCCAUUUUUUAAAGAAUGAUCUGUUAGAUGCCCAAGCUCUUUUACAAGAAUCCAUAAACCUGCAUCCAACAUCGAAUUCGUACAUAUUUUUGGCACUGACCUUGGCCGAUAAGGAAAACUCCCAGCAAUUUUUCAAGUUUUUCCAAAAGGCUAUCGACAUAGACCCUGAUUACCCACCUACUUAUUACCACCGCGGCCAGAUGUAUUUCAUUCUACAGGAUUAUAUAAAUGCCAAAGCAGAUUUUCAGAAGGCCCAAAGCUUAAACACUGAAAACAUUUACCCUUACAUUCAAUUAGCCUGUUUACUGUACAAGCAAGGCAAAUUGACCGAAUCUGAGGCCUUUUUCAAUGAAACAAAAUUGAAGUUUCCUACCUUACCUGAAGUACCCACAUUUUUCGCUGAAAUCUUGACAGAUAAGGGCGAUUUUGAUGCUGCAAUUAAACAAUAUGACAUUGCUAACAGGUUGGAAGAAGUACAAAAAAAAAUACAUGUAGGUAUAGGGCCCUUGAUCGGUAAAGCGACUAUUCUAGCUAGACAAUCCUCUCAAGAUCCAAGCCAGUUAGAUGAAGAGAAAUUUAACAUAGCCAUUAAAUUGUUGACCAAAGCAUGCGAAUUAGACCCAAGAUCCGAACAAGCGAAGAUCGGUUUAGCACAACUAAAAUUGCAAAUGGAAAAAAUUGACGAUGCCAUCGAAUUGUUCGAAGAUUCGGCAAUUCUAGCAAGAACUAUGGAUGAAAAACUGCAAGCGACCACCUUUGCUGAAGCUGCGAAGAUACAAAAGCGUUUGAGAGCUGACCCAAUCAUAAGUGCAAAGAUGGAGCUGACAUUAGCUCGUUAUAGGGCUAAAGGCAUGAUUUAG